AUGGCUGCUCAAACCCUUGAUACCGUCUCAUCGGUCACUGUCAUCGGUGCAGGACCUUGCGGGUGUGCCUUUGCUGCGGACCUGGCGAGCCGUGGAAAGUCAGUCAUGCUGUAUGGUCACCCCGAUCAUCGUGGCGGAACAACCAUGAUUGAGAACAACGAUGGCUGGUUGAAGUCAAGCGGAGCAGUCACUGGAAAAUUCAAGAUCCAGACGACCAGCGAUAUGUACCUUGCCAUCCGUCACUCCCAGUUCAUUGUGACCACAGUGCCAUCAUACGGGCAAGAUACAAUCUUGCACCUACUGAGCCAGUUCGACCUCCACAAUCACACUCUCAUCAUCAACGUCGGGAACUUCUUCUACCUCUCCGCCCGACAAAAGGUCAAUGCCCACGCCAUCCUCGAAACCGACAUCUCUCCCUACGCCACCAGGAUCACAGGUGACACAGUAUUCGUGAAAGGAGUCAAAAAAAGCCUAGCCAUCUGGGCUGAGCCACCAACCACCCAAGUGGAGCGUCUCGACCCGGAUGCGGAACUUGACCUCCGACACCAGGUUGAGUCCAUCUUCUCUCAGAAGCUCAUAUGGUGCCAGAACCUGCUGGAAGUGGGCUUGAACAACAUCAACCCAGUCGUGCACUGCCCAGCCGCGCUCAUGAAUGCGGGCUGGAUCGAGGCUACCAAAGGAGACUUCUACUUCUACGCCCAGGGGAUGUCUCCCUCCGUCUCCCGCGUAACGGAGAAAGUGGACAAAGAGCGUCUGGCCAUUGCGCACGCCUAUGGACUUGACCUUGUCCCCAUCACGGCAUACAUGAACCAAAACUAUAGCAACGACCGCCAGUACAACGACUAUCAUGAUUUCGCUGUUGGCUCUGUGAUCCACAACAAGACCAAGAGCUCUCCGACUACCCUGAAGCACCGGUACUUGCUAGAGGAUAUCCUCUAUGGAAUGGUUCCUUGGUAUGAACUCGGUCUGAAGUGUGGUCUGGCCUCGCCGACCAUCCGAGCCCUUAUUGAGAUGGCUUCUGUGGUUAGUGGAUUUGACUAUCUUGAACAUGGAAGGACCCUCAAGGCUGCUGGACUUGGGGAUGCCACUAAAGAGCAGGUCCUUAUGGCUCUCGGUGGACCCUUGGACAAGACAGCUAGCGCGAUUCCUCAUCCAUCAGACUCUCCCAUAGAAAACAGUUUCCAGUUACACGCUCCACUGCAAACGGCUCAAGUUGCUGCGUGA